UCUUAGCAUAAAGACUAGGCAUCCGAAUUUAAAAAAAAAACGAGUAAUGUCACAUAAAUGGGCGCGAAGCGAAAAUUAUAUUUUAUUUUACUACUAUAGACGGCCAAGCCAUUCAGCAAUCAAUUCGGUUCUUAGUUUUACUUUUAGUAAUUUGGUAUGGAUCGACGUCCUAGUCAUCGUUAUAAGCCCAGAGGAUAUUACGAAAACCAUUUAUCUCCUUUUGGGAAUAAAGUAUUAAUCAUUCUCAAAAAGCAAUGGGGCAAAGUGCAUAUGUCAAAUAAAACUGUAUGUCAACCUCCGCCAUUCCCUACCCGACAGAACAGAGUGUUAUGCUUCAAUGACGCCUCUAUCUUUGAUUUUCCACAUACACAAGUCACACAAGAGGGACUAUUUACUGAACCUGUUCCUUGUGAUCAGAUAAAUACAAGUGAACAUUUGUUGGAAAAUAAUUUAGGACUUGAAGCUGUUUCGGAAAAGGACAAUAAUAAUGAUUUCCUUCAUCCGAUUAUUUCUAAUAAUGAAAAUUUACUCAGUAUCAUUUCCGAUAAGAAUUCCUCUGAUACUGUAUUUAUUGAACCGAAGAUAAAUAAAAUUGAUGAUAUAAAUUGGGAUGAUAUGCUUGAUUCGGAAUUAUUUGUAAAAAAUACCGCUGGUGGAGAAACAGAUUGCAAAGAAUUAGAUGAAGACCAUAAUAUUAUUAAUAGUACGAUUUCUAUGGAAUCUGCCUUUAUCCCACGUAGGGUUAGUGAUGUUGGCAAAGAAAAUAAAUAUAAAAAGAAAAGUAAAAACACGAAAAGUAAUGUGUCAGAUCUAAGUGCAAAAGUACGUAAAUACAAUAACAAUGCAGAGACAAGUAAUCCAAAAGUAAUGGUUGAGAUGAAACGAACAAACAAAAAACAUUUACGAAAGCAAAAAUAUACAAAGGCUGUUAAAAAUUGGCUUGAUAAUGUCGAAUCCCCGCAUCUCGUUUGUGCAAACGCAGACAAAGAGUGCAUUAACGAAUUGAAGACUAAAUGCGGGACCAAAGAUGAUGUGCUGCGAAAUCCCGAACCAAAUAAGCAUCUGAACAAAAUGUGUGAUACACCUGACAAAGAAAUGGAUUCAGACAAAGCACAGUCUGCAAUGAGGACAGCGAAGAAAGUUGUUCAAGCUCAAUUGGCAAAUAAGGAUGGCAUCAUGAAGUUCAGUAAACCAAAAAUUACAGACAAACGAGUUGAUGGUGAAUCUGUUUCUCGGCAAAGUACGAGUAAAGACAAUCGAAAUAAAAAAAUAAAUAAAUUCGUAGUUCCCAUUAAAUCUCAAAAUGCGGAAGUUGUUAAGUUUCAAGUUCACUCAGUUGAUGAAGAAAAUAUUGUUAGUUACAAUGACAGUCUCCUACAAGCGAAGGAUAAAGAAAUUAUUGCUGUUUUGAUAUACAGCAAUGGUUUCUGUCAGCUUAAUAGUCAUUACACUAACGACGCGUGCUCUCCUAGCGGCAUCAUCAUCUGCCAUAACGCUAUGUUCUACUGUUUCCAGACUCCUGUCAUAGUAUUCUUGUCAUUCUCUAUACACAUUUUAAUCAAACUCGCUUUAGGUUUUUUCACUGGUGGAGGAUUCCAGCUAUCUUCCUCGGAUGGAGGAUCGGUGGUGUUGGUGGAGGCGCUGGCGAAGGGUAGGCUUCGUGAGGAACAUUAUUCGUGCUUGGCGCUCUCUGGUCCGAAUCUCAAGAAAGCACUAAGUUACUUGCUCAAGAACAAUAUCGUAGUGUGUUACGACGCUCGUAGUGUUCUAAUGUACCUCGGGUCCCAUUUAGAAUUGGACAUUAGCGCAGUAGAGAUGCGCGAUGCCAAGGCAAGUCAUAUCGGCGCCACGUUGCUGGACCCGGAUAAUCCGCCGGAGAACUUCUCGGCUCUACAAAGGCUGCUGGCCCUUUCCUCCGUGUCUGCGUCGGUCACAUCGACAGAGUGUUCGCUGCAAAAAUCGAGCUGGUAUAUGAGCCAACUGAAGGAGUGUUGGCUCAAAUUAUUAGAUAUGCUGAAAGAAAAUUCUCUAUGGGAUGUAUUCAUUGAAAUUGAAAUGAAAGUAUUACCUAUCAUUACUGCUAUGGAGCUUCGUGGCGUAUGCGUCGACAUAGAAACCUUAAACUCGAUGGAGCAAGCAGUGGUCGAUCGGUUGAAGGCGGUGGAGGCGCGCUGCCACACGGUGGCCGGCCGAGUGUUCCAGGUCAGCUCGCCGGCGCAGGUGCGCGCGCUGCUGUACGACGAGCUGCGGCUGGACGACCAGUGCAACCUCACCGUCAGGGGAACUGUGGCCAAGGGGGCCAAGUCCACGAGUGAAACCACGCUGCGCAGGCUGGCGGCAGUGUCGGCGCACGAGCUGCCGCGGCUGGUGCUGGAGUACCGGCACCUGCACAAGGCACACGCCACCUUCCUGGCCGGCAUCGCGCAGCACGUCCGCCACGGAGUCGUCCGACCUACUUGGGUGCAGAUGGCAUCGGCGACGGGGCGCAUCGCAGCCAGCAACCCCAACCUGCAGGCUAUACCCAAGGCUCCCUUCAGCCUCUUCCUGUUCCCCGGUGCAGACGACGAGCGCGCGUGGCCGGCGCUACAUCUGCGCGCGUGCUACGUGGCGCGGCCGGGCCGGCGCCUGCUGGCCGCCGACUUCCGCCACGUCGAGUGCCGCGUGUUCGCCCACCUGGCGGCCGACGCCGGCCUGCUCCGCGCGCUCGCCCAGCCGGGCGACUUCUUCACGCAGCUCGCAGCCGACUGGCUAAAGAAACCUGAAAGUGAAGUAGUCGCCGAGGAAAGGGAGCGGACGAAGCGGUUAGUGUACGCGAGUCUGUACGGCGCCGGGCCGCGCAAGCUGAUGGAGAUACUGGGCGUGAGCUACCAGCGCGCGCUGCAGGUGGCGGCCAGCUUCCACAGAACGUUUCCGUCGCUGAAGGAGUUCGGCGCCACAGUAUGGCGGCGCUGCGUGGCGGAGCGCGGCCGCGUGCGCUCGCUGCGCGGCCGCCUGCGCGUGCUGCCGGCCGCCGCGCGCCCUGCCUCGCCCGCCGACCGCGCUGCCUCGCCCGCCGACCUCGCAGCCUCACCCACCGACCUCGCAGCCUCGCCCGCUGACUGCGCGCAGGCGCAGCGUCAGGCCCUUAACUUUGUCGUACAGGGGUCUGCCGCCGACGUGUGCAAGACGGCCAUGGUGGCCACGGCGCGCGAGCUGGACGCGGCCGACGCGGCGCUGGUGCUGCAGCUGCACGACGAGCUCGUGUGGGACGUGGACGAGCGCCGCCUGCACCACGUCGCAGGUCACUGUGCCCCGUGUGUAAUGUAUAUAUGUAGUGUACAGUAUGUAGUGUGGUGUAGUGUACAGUAUGUAGUGUGGUGUAGUGUACAGUAUGUAGUGUGGUGUAGUGUACAGUAUGUAGUGUGGUGUAGUGUGCAGUAUGUAGUGUGGUGUAGUGUACAGUAUGUAGUGUGGUGUAGUGUACAGUAUGUAGUGUGGUGUAGUGUACAGUAUGUAGUGUGGUGUAGUGUACAGUAUGUAGUGUGGUGUAGUGUGCAGUAUGUAGUGUGGUGUAGUGACGGUGUGGCUGCAGGCGUGGUGUCGCGCGCGAUGUCUGGGUGCGGGCGGGCGUGCGGGCUGCGCGUGUCGCUGCCGGUGUCGCUGCGCGUGGGCCGGGACUGGGCGCACAUGGAGCCCUACUCUGUGUGACCUGACGCCUCCAAGUCUUGUAUUACUGUGGUGAACGGUUAUUCUCUACUCUGCCUGUGACUUGUCUGUACUUGCUACGGCACUGUUCACUAUGUUUGUGAACCUCGCUUGUUUAUAAGUAUAUCUCACAUAAAUAUUAUAAAGAAUAA